AUGAGAUCAGAUGAGAAAGCUUUAUCAUUAAGAUUCACUUUAAUGAAAACUUAUUCAUUUAGAUUAGAUUCACCUUUAGUUCCAGUACUUUAUGUUAGAUUUCCAUUUAAUUCGACUUCCACUGUAAAUGCAACUUCAUCUUCUCCUAAUCUAAACACUACUUAUAUUGAUAUUAUUCGAAUCUUGGAUCCUGAACAUCGUGAACCGUUCAUUUCGAUUGGUAGAUUACUUUUGUUAAUCGAACCAACUCCAAUCUCACCUAUCACAGCUAUAGAAAUUUUAAAAGAAUUAAAUCAAAACUUAAUCAAUUCAUCAUCAUCAUCAUCAUCAUCAAACUUGUAUAAUCCAAGCACCUUUAAACCGGUUUAUAGUUUACUUUUAAAUGGUUUAGCACCUUUUCCAGAUCUUUGGGUGAAUUUAAAAUUAGCAAGACAGUUUUCAAUUCGAUUUGGACUUUUGAAAACCGAUGAUGAGGAUGGAGGAAAUGAGAAUGGAAUGUUGGCUAGGUUAUUGGAUUGGAAUUCGAAGUCGAUUUGGUCUUUGGUGACGAUUUCUUCGGUUAAAGAACCUAUUCAAACUGGUGAACUUGUUUCAAAUUGGAGAAUACCUGAAGAUGUUUUACCUUUAUGUGAUUAUUCUUUAGCUAGUCUUCAAGAGUAAAAACAAGUUUUGAUCGAAUCGAAAUAAGACCUAAAACGAUAGGAGAAGAUGAAUUAUUUAGGAUACCCAUUCAAAUACCAAAGCAAGAUAAACUAAAGAUACCGAAUUUUAAAAGUUUUCCAGAUACAUUAUUGUCUGAAAUAUGUUUAAUUUCAUCUGAUUUAUUGAUCCAAGAAACCUCAUCUGAUCAGAUUCAUGAAGAAGAUGAAGAAAAGUUUAUGUUUAGAGUUUUAAGGGCUUUAGAAUCAUUAGGUUCAUUAGUUUUGAAUAAUUAUUUGGAUUUAGAUUCUUGUGAUCAAGUUUGUUUGAAAGAUCAAGUUGAUUCUUUAGGAAUCUUAUUAAUUUCAGUUUGGAAAAAUAAAGUUCUUGGGUAUCAGAAUGAUCAAUUGAUGAAGACUUCUUUAAUUAAAUCAGAUUCAGAUUCGAAUUCGAAUGGUUCAGAAAAUUCUAGUUUAAGAACUGAUCCAAGUCUUUCAGAUCUAAAUCAAGUUUCUGAAAACAUUAAUUUACCGAACAUGAAGAAGAUUGAAAAUAAAUUAGAAUUGAUUGAAAUUAAAUUAGAAGAAGUUUUAUUAUUUCAAAAAAAUCUUCAUGAUCUUAAACCAAUUGUUAAAAUCUAUAUGGAUUUGGAUUGGUUUAAUUGGUUUAGCUUAUGUUUUGGGUAGGAUACAUGUUAAUGAAUAAAUUGUAGGAACAAAUUCAAAAAGUGUGUACUAGCUGGCUUGGUAAGUUUGUCUUCAAGUUUUGAUUAGGUAUAGUUUUUUUAGGACAAAUAGACUCAAAUCAAAUUCAGUGUAUUGUUUUCAUAGGUUUAUUGUUUGUACUCUAAUCAUAUUUUAAAGUAGUUGUGAAGAAUAAUGUAGUGAAUGAUUUAUUGUUUGAAAUCUUUUAG